AAAGACGUCUUUUACGGUGAUGAUUCAUUGUCUCUUCAUACAACAGGGAGCUCUGUCUUGUUGAGAAAAACCUACAGCUACCAAAUCCCCACAGCCUGUAGUGUUCGAUAGAGACACAGGUCUACACUGCUUGCUGCUCUGGGGAACUUCCUUGGAAAGGCUCCAAGACUGGCUCUUUGGACUGAUGUAACUUGACGGAUCUUUAGUUAAGACCCAAUGUCGUUUGAGGACAGAGGAUGGUCAAAUAAAGAAAGAGUUCUUGCUGUCAGAGAAGGAAAGCCUUCCUAACACCAGGGUGCGCCACAGGUUGUGAAGAAAACAGCAUCAAGGGACACAAUUAUGGAUUUUCAACAAAGAUAUCCAGCCACGUACCUGGGCCAGUUGGGGCCAAUGCCUUUGCCUCGGGAGGCAUCAAACAAUCUGCAGAAUUUCCUAAAGGGGGAGCCAGUUAUUCUUGGGGUGAGCCAGAUCAUGACUGGCCUAAUGAAUAUUUGUCUGUGGAUUAUGGUAGAGGUCCUUCUUUCAUUCCAGGAAUAUAAGCCAUUCAUAGAGACCACUGGACUUAAUAUCAUUUUCCUUUUGGGGCCAAUUUUUCUAAUCAUUUCUGGAACUGUGUCUAUUGCGUCUGGAAAGAAAACAACAAAAAAAAUGAUCUCUGGUAGCCUUGGAACAAACACUGGGGCUGCCAUAUUAGCCGGAGUGUCGUUAAUAACCCUCGCAAUCAGAAUUGAAGUCUACCGAUACUUCUUAUCAGAAACACCUUUAGUUUGCUAUUUCAUAAUUGGGCUUAUGAUUAUGAAGCUGGUCCUCAUAAUCCUGGGACUCAUCAUCUCGGUGUUGCUGUCUGCAUUUGGAUGCAGUGUUGUCUGCUGUGAUGUGACCUCAGUGGUUGUCGACUUAUCCUCCAAUGAGCGUGGACUUGCUGUAGCCUCUUUUCAUCAUGAAUAUGAUGAUGUGGCUUUCCAACCCGCUUAGUUGUUUGACAUAUCAACGUUUGAACCAUUCCUGGACUUCCUCUAAUUGUAUUAUUACUAAGAGUAUAUCAGCAAUCAGAUAGUAAAUAGAGUCUUAAUUGUUCAUGGGGGGGUGGGGAUCAAAGGACAUAGAUUUGCUGAUGUUGACUGUGCCCUGGUCCCCUCCUCUGUCCUCAAUCAUGAUUCCAUUUGGGCAUGAUCAAUGAAGCCUAUGAUCUGUCUGCAUCAGCAUUGGCAUCAUCUCAUAUGCUUGGCAGUAUGAAGAAAAGGAACAUACCAGAAAGGUUGUAGAUAUCUGGGGAUUCUGGUCUGGCCUUCGAGGAUAUGUGCCAGAAUGGCUAAUCUGCACAAUUUCUGAGAAGCCAUCCACUUUAGACUAUAAUGCUAAUGCUAUACUGAAAGCUGUACGAUAGGCCAUCGAUGUAGGUCGUGUGGUUUCUGACACUUUCCCUCAAGAGUACAAACUUCCAUGACAUAAAUGAAUUAAUAUAAGCCCUGUUCUUAUCUUUUAACUUUGAAGUAGCCAUAAUUUCCUUUAUUUUCUGGGAUUUUUUCUUUUAUUUUUUAAUAGUUUAUUGUCAAAUUGGUUUCCAUAUAACACC